AUGGCCUCCGUUGCUCGUGCUUUCCGUCCCUUCGCCUCCCGGGCCCUUGCCCAGCAGCCUGUUGCUCCUAUCUGCCGUGCUACACCUGCUUUCCGCUUCCCGCGGGGAACCCGGAGCUUCUCUCAGAGCCCUCUUGCUCAAUUGAAGAAGUACACUGAGUCGCACGAAUGGAUUGAGCUCGCCGAGGGCGGAAAGACUGCCAAGAUCGGUAUCACUGACUACGCCGCCAAGUCCCUCGGUGACGUCGUCUUCGUUGAGCUCCCCGAGGAGGGUCUCGAGAUCUCUGCUGGCGAGCCCGUUGGUGCCGUCGAGUCCGUCAAGUCGGCCUCUGAUGUCCUUUCUCCCAUCGCUGGCACCGUCAUCCGUGGUAACGCCGUCCUGGAGGAUAACGCUAAGACCAUUAACUCUAGCCCCGAGGCCGAGGGAUGGAUCGCGGAGAUUGAAGUCAGCGAUGCCGCAGAGAUUGAUGCUCUCCUGGACGAGGCUGCUUACCUCGAGACCAUUGACGGCGAGCACUAG